AGCCGAUUUAUUUUGCACAUUCCAAGUGAAGAGAGAGAUAAUGCAAUCAGAGUGUGUUUUCAGAUUGAACUUGCCCAUUGGUUUUACUUGGAUUUCUACAUGCAAAACACACCAGGAUUACCUCAGUGUGGGAUAAGAGAUUUUGCUAAAGCUGUUUUCAGUCACUGCCCUUUUUUACUGCCUCAAGGUGAAGACGUACAAAAGGUUUUAGAUGAGUGGAAAGAAUACAAAAUGGGAGUGCCAACCUAUGGUGCAAUUAUUCUUGAUGAGACACUUGCAAAUGUUCUUUUGGUUCAGGGCUAUUUAGCCAAGUCUGGUUGGGGAUUUCCAAAAGGGAAAGUAAAUAAAGAAGAGGCUCCUCAUGAUUGUGCUGCUAGAGAGGUGUUUGAAGAAACUGGGUUUGACAUAAAAGAUUAUAUCUGCAAAGAAGAAUACAUUGAGCUGCGAAUUAAUGAUCAAUUAGCACGACUGUACAUCAUUCCAGGAGUUCCUAAGAACACAAAAUUCAACCCCAAAACUAGAAGGGAAAUUCGGAAUAUUGAGUGGUUUUCCAUUGACAAACUGCCAUGCCACAGAAAUGACAUGACCCCAAAGUCUAAGCUGGGUUUGGCACCUAACAAAUUUUUUAUGGCAAUUCCCUUCAUCAGGCCAUUGAGGGAAUGGAUUUCCCGAAGAAAUGGAGAUUCCACAGAUAGUGACAAUGGAUUUUCAUCUACGGGGAGCACACCCUCUAAGCCCAACUUGGAAAAAGCUAGAUCCAAACUUCGCUGUAGUCAGCAGGUGUUUACAGAUGGUGUUUCAGGAGAGCAAUGUGUGAAGCCAAAACAGCCACAGAAGCCAUAUAAUCAUUCUGAGAUGUCCGAAGCUCUGAAAAUAAAGAGUCAGAGCUUGAAGAGUAAUGGCAGAAAGCAGUAUCAAGAGACUUCCAGCCAAAAGAAGCGAACAAAUGGAGUUUACAGUCAACCAGUCAAGCAAAACCAUACCUCGAAAUGUGAAAAAAAGCUUAAUCCAAGAAGACUUCAAGAUAACUUUGAAACAGAUGCAGCGUAUGAGAUGUGUUGCUCCAGUGAAGACCCACUGCCAGAACAUGUAGAGGGACUUUCUGUGGCAUGCAAUGGCCAUUACAAACUUGCUUUCUCAUCAAGAGCUUUCUUGAGUUUCAAGUUUGACCAUGAUGCCAUCAUGAAAAGUUUUGACCUCUGA